AUGCCUCUCGCACCCGUAGACGACAAGGGUACGCAGUUCUAUUAUGAGGACACAGGCGCUCCAUCCCGAUGCGCCACUUACACGACUUUGGUCCUCAUACAUGGCGGCGUCUUCCACAGCGCCAUCUACAGGCCCAUAAUACCCUAUGCCGCCGCACGUAAUGUGCGUCUUGUCCUGGUCAACGUCCGCGACUACCCCGGUUCGACCCCGUACUCUGCGUCCGAGCUUGCGGCCUUGCGCAGCGGCAACCGGGAGGAACAGAAGGCUAUGCUCGAUGAGCGUGGCAAGGAGGUCGCUAAAUUCCUUCUGUGGUUUAUCGGGAAGGAGAAAAUACCGCAAACCGCGAAUGGCCAGACUGGCAACAGCUCCCGUACCGGCGAGCUGGCCUUGCUUGCGUGGUCCUGGGGCAAUACGAUAACGAUGGCAUUCCUAGCGCAAGCUGCGAAGCUUCCGCAGCGCGAUCAGGAAAUAUUGGGUAGCUAUCUGCGGACCUUGUUCCUCUGCAGCGGUCAUGCCUUGGGCUUACCUACCGACUUGGCCGAGUUCAUCAUGCAUCCGUUCCGGGACGCGCAGAUUCCCGUCGAACAGCAAGGUCGCACCUUCGAGCGCUGGGUCUCCGAGUACUACGCCCACGCUCUCCCCAAGGACGCGGCGCUCCACUCCCUCACGUAUGACGAGCUCAAAGCAAGUCUCGUCCAACAGCCGAUCGAUAACCCGCCUCCGGAGCACGUCGCAACCGUGGACCGUCUCUCGUCCGAGCAGUACGCCGAUGUCGUCGAUCCGACGGUUACCGCCCGCUCUCACCUGCUUUAUAUAAUGGCCGUCGACAGGUCGGUCUAUCGGGACGUCAUGCACGACGCUCUGUGGGACUCGUCCGUAUGGCCAGGCCUCCGCGUCCCCCUGAUUUGGUGCGACAUGUCCGUCUCGGAGACGGUGUUCGCCGCGUGGCAUUUCUCGCAGCAGGUAAAGGAGAAUUGGCCGCGGGGAGCUAGGAAGAUCGAUAUUGUGCGCUUUGAAGGCGCAAAUCACUUUCCGCACUGGGACGAGCCACAGCGCAUGCUGGAGCUCUUGCUCACGUUAGCUUGAUAGGUGGAAUGUUGAAUGUACCGCAUACAGCGUGUUGUCAUCCGCGUAGACGUACUCACUAGAUUUCGAGCAUUCUCACCGUGAGGGAGGAAAGCAG